CUACACAAGCUCAACUUCUUCUUCUUCUACUGAGCUCUGUUAAGGGGCAAUGUCGUCCUUCGGAGCUUCAGCUUCAGCCAUUGUUAUACUUUGCUUAUGGUCACUUCACUUUACACAAGCUUCACUACACGAUUACUCUGCCGAGAAAUUCGCAAACAAAGGUAAUGUAUUCGUAGUCCAUGGAGGUAGCGAGGGAAUUUACUCUUCUAACUCUAACCUCAACCAAUCUUCUACCUCCUCUUCAGAUGGACUCUCUUUUAUACGCUUUGAGAAGAUUAUAUUCCGGAGACCUGAAGAAUUUUCAAACUUUAGCUCAGGAUCAAUUCAUGCAGUUGUUUUUGAGGUGGAUGACCGAGAGACAAUUGGCGGCUCUGCCUAUGGGGGGCAAAGAGCUGUUUGUUGCACAGCAGAUCUUGCAAAACUGGGAGUUUGUACACAAGGGGAAAUAAUCCACCGCCCAUCUACCAAUAAUCCUGGUUGGCCUAAAGUAUUUGGUGCCUCAUUUGGCAUUGAUGAGUUUGAAGCAAAACUGCAGCCAAGAACAAUACAUAUAACAAAAACUGGAAUGUACAAUGUGUACUUUAUGCACUGCGACCAUAAUCUUAAGGAAGUUGUUGUUGAAGGGAAAACCAUAUGGAAAAAUCCUACUGGUUACCUACCUGGUAGAAUGGCACCACUUAUGAAUUUCUAUGGGUACAUGUCUCUUAUGUUUGUGUUACUAGGGAUCUUUUGGUUUUCUCAGUAUGCGAGAUUCUGGAGAGAAGUUCUUGCUUUACAAAAUUGUAUUACUCUCGUUAUAACGUUGGGCAUGUUUGAGAUGGCAUUAUGGUACUUUGAUUAUGCUGAAUUCAAUGAAACUGGAGUCAGACCAACUGGGAUCACUGUAUGGGCUGUUACCUUUGGUGCAGUAAAGCGCACAGUUGCUCGUUUGAUUAUUUUGAUGGUCUCUAUGGGGUAUGGUGUUGUUAGACCUACCCUUGGUGGUCUUACAUCCAAGGUUCUUUUGCUUGGAGGAACUUUCUUUCUGGCAUCGGAAGUGCUUGAACUGGUAGAAAAUGUUGGUACUGUUAGUGAUUUCUCAGGAAAAGCAAGGUUGUUUUUUGUACUUCCUGUGGCAAUCUUGGAUGCUUUCUUCAUCCUCUGGAUAUUCAAUUCUCUUUCUGCAACUUUGAAUAAACUUCAGGCUAGAAGAUUGUUGGCCAAGUUAGACAUAUACCGGAGGUUCACAAAUGCUCUAGCUGUUGCAGUUAUUGUUUCUGUUGGUUGGGUAUGCUAUGAGCUGUACUUCAAGUCCACUGACGUGUACAAUGAGCGAUGGGAAAAGGCCUGGAUUAUUCCUGCCUUCUGGCAAGUGUUGUCUUUCUCUCUCCUUUGCGUCAUCUGUGCUCUUUGGGCUCCAUCUCAAAACUCCAUGAGAUAUGUCUAUUCUGAUGAUAGUGAAGAGUUUGAUAAGGAUAUCACCUUGACACUCAUAAAACCCUCCUUUCUACCUUCAAAGGAUGUAAGAAUUCCAUCCGAAGUGAGAUCAACGCCUGGUGGAGAUGGGACAUCUAAUGGUGGUGAUGUAGAAGAAGACAAGACAGAGUAGAGUGUAUAUAUAUAUUGCCCAUACUACUGUAAACGAAAAACGUCACGAAAAAAGAGUAAUUGCUCAUAGAAUCUUGUAUCUGGUGUUCUCUGUGCAAAAAUAUUGAAGGUGGGAUCAGGUAAAAG